ACGGAAGAGAAAAUAGAGAAAGAAAAAAAGACAAAAAAAGAAAAACAGAAAGAGGAGAAGGACAGAGGAGAAGAGAAAGAGCAGAACAUAAAUCACGACCAGAAAAGAAGCGAAAGAAGCAUAAAACUCAGAGAGAGAGAGAGAGAGAGAGAGAGAGAGAGAGAGAGAGAGAGAGAGAGAGAGAGUGCAGGAGAGAGAGAGCAGCGCAGACUGAAGCAUUGUUCCCGUGUGGCUGUCUCAGAGUACGGUUGUGAUGCCGGCCCCUCCACCACCAGCAUCACCACCACCAAACUACCACACCACCACCAACACCACCAACACCAUACAGAAGUGGCCAGCUACCAACACCACCAACACCACAGACACCAGUACAAGCACCACCUUUACAAACACUUAGCUAGAUCAUCACUACACCACCACACCACCACACCACCACCAAUUUUAUCCAACACCUUUAACACUUCGGAUAUAUUAACUUUUAAGCAUCAUCACUACCACUAUCGCUGUUGCCACCACCACUACCACCACCACUACCUGUCUUGUGUCCACUCACGCGGCAGGAGUCCCCCCCCGGCACCACCACCACCACCACCACCACCACCGCUAGUCUUGUAAAGAUGGCGGGGCGGCAAGGCGUGUUGGUGGCGGCUCUCCUGGCGGCGGCAGCUACAGGGGUCCUCAGUGCCGUCCCUGGGCCUAACUAUCCCCGCUACCCAGACUACAUCGUGUACCCCAGAGUGAAGUGCCCCAGUGAGGGAGUCUUCCCCCACCCACGAAAUUGCUCCUGGUUUGUGAGGUGUGUGGACCGCAUGAACGUGGGUUUCUACCGCACGUACUACUUCGAGUGUGAGGCUGGCACCGUAUUUGACGACCACCUGGACCAGUGCCUCUUUCCCUCCAGCGUCGAUCCCCCCUGCGGCACGAAAAUACAAGGCGUCACCCCGCUCACCCCCAAACCUGACACCCCGCGACCUCUUCCAGUCACCACGCCCUCUCCUGGACCGUGUACGAUAGCUCCCACUGAAGAAACGCACUCCCCCACUCCUUCCCCAACGCCCCCUGUCACGCCGUCCUCCACUUCCCUUCCCUGUCAGUUCAAGACGGAGAGUUGCCGCCGCUACGCCCCCUGCAGCCAGCCCAGGACGCUGUGUGAGGGCUGCUACAUUGGCGUUUACUUCCAUAGAAUGUGCGCCAGGCCAGAAUUGUAUGAUCCGGUUGCAAGGGUCUGUGUGCCCUUACCACCAGAAGUGGAGUCGUGUGACGCUUCCCCGGCAACACCACAACCCACAAGCCCCACCACGUCCUCCACCACGCGCCCCACAGCACCGCCCACCCCAGCCACACCCACCAUCCCAGCCACGCCACCCACGCCUGCCACGCCCGCCACGCCUGCCACGCCCGCCACGCCAGCUACACAACCACCAACCAUCGUCCUCAACUGUCAGUUCCAGGACCAGCACUGCCGCCGCUACGGCCCCUGCAGCCAGCCCAGGACGCUGUGUGACGGCUGCUACAUCGGUGACUUCUUCUACAACAUGUGCCAGGAAGGAGUGCAGCUGUACGACAAGACGGCGAGGCUGUGCGUGCCGCGGCCCCCAGACACAGAGAUUUGUGGCGGAACCUUUGUGACCUUCCCAGUGACGCCCUCCACACCCACGCCCUUUACCACGCACCCUACAUCGCCCUCUAGCUCCACCACGCUUGGAACAACGCCCUCAGUGACACCGACACACACCCUAAUCCCCAGCAUCGUCCUCAACUGUCAGUUCCAGGACCAGCACUGCCGCCGCUACGGCCCCUGCAGCCAGCCCAGGACGCUGUGUGACGGCUGCUACAUCGGUAACUUCUUCUACAACAUGUGCCAGGAAGGAGUGCAGCUGUACGACAAGACGGCGAGGCUGUGCGUGCCGCGGCCCCCAGACUCAGAGAUUUGUGGAGCCUUUGUGACCUUCCCAGUAACGCCCUCCACGCCCACGCCUUUCACCACACCCUCCAGCCCCGCCACGCCUGCCACCUUUGACCCCAACAUCAUCCUCAACUGUCAGUUCCAGGACCAGCACUGCCGUCGCUACGCCCCCUGCAGUCAGCCCAGGGCGCUGUGUGACGGCUGCUACAUCGGUGACUUUUUCUACAACUUGUGCCAGACAAGCGCUUAUGUGUACGACAGGACGGCGAGGGCGUGCGUGCCGCGGCCCCCAGACACAGAGAUUUGUGGCGGAACGUUUGUGACCCUCCCAGUGACGCCCUCCACGCUCACGCCCUUCACCACGCCUCCUACAGCGCACUCCAGCCCCGCCACACCUGACACCUUUGACCCCAGCAUCGUCCUCAACUGUCAGUUCCAGGACCAGCACUGCCGCCGCUACGGCCCCUGCAGCCAGCCCAGGACGCUGUGUGACGGCUGCUACAUCGGUGACUUCUUCUACAACAUGUGUCAGGAAGGAGUGCAGCUGUACGACAAGACGGCGAGGCUGUGCGUGCCGCGGCCCCCAGACACAGAGUUGUGCGGGGGUACAUUUGUUCCCUUCACCCCAACGCCGCCCACCAACACGACGACCUCCAGCACCACCAGCGCCACCACCGCGCCCUCUACCGAGCUCUCCUUCGUCGUUCUUAAUUGCCAGCUCAAAGAACAAGGCUGCCGCCGCUACAGCCCCUGCAGCCAGCCCAGGACACUGUGUGACGGCUGCUACAUCGGUGACUUCUUCUAUAACAUGUGCCAGGCAGGAGUGCAGCUGUAUGACAAGACGGCGAGGCUGUGCGUGCCGCGGCCCCCAGACACAGAGGUGUGCCACCCCUCCUCCCUGACCUCCCCCCCGGCGCCGCCCUCCACGGUGCUCGCCACCAUCGUGCUGAAAUGCGAGCUGCGAGACCACCAGUGCCACCGCUACGGCCCCUGCAGCCAGCCCAGGACGCUGUGUGACGGCUGCUACAUCGGCACGUACUUCUACAACAUGUGCCAGACCAACACUCUGGUGUUCGACCGCAGGGCGAGGGCAUGCGUGCCGAGGCCCGCAGCCACAGAAUUGUGUGAUGCCUCGCUUGUCACCUUCCCGACAACGCCUUCCACCCCCACCCCCACCACCGCCACGUCCUCUACCUCGCUUUCCAUCAUCAUUCUCAACUGCCAGCUGAGGGAGCAAGGCUGCCGCCGCUACGGCCCCUGCAGCCAGCCCAGGAAGCUGUGUGACGGCUGCUACAUCGGCAACUUCCUCUACAACAUGUGCCAGGCUGGAGUGCAGCUGUAUGACGAGGCGGCGAAGGCAUGCGUGCCGCGGCCCGCAGACACAGAGGUGUGCCACCCCUCCUCCCUGACCUCCCCCACGGCGCCGCCCUCCACGGUGCUCGCCACCAUUGUGCUGCAGUGCGAGCUGCGGGACCACCAGUGCCGCCGCUACGGCCCCUGCAGCCAGCCCAGGACGCUGUGUGACGGCUGCUACAUCGGCACCUACUUCUACAACAUGUGCCAGACCAGCACUCUGGUGUACGACCGCGCGGCGAGGGCGUGCGUGCCGAGGCCCGCAGACACAGAGUUGUGCGACGCCACCGCUGUCACCUCCCCAGCAACACCCUCCACCAUAACCCCUCCCAUCAUCACCACGCCCUCUACCGCCGCGCCCUCUACCGAGCUCUCCUUCGUCGUUCUUAACUGCCAGCUCAAAGAACAGGGCUGCCGCCGCUACGGUCCCUGCGGCCAGCCCAGAACGCUGUGUGACGGCUGCUACAUCGGUGACUUCUUCUACAACAUAUGCCAGGCAGGAGUGCAGCUGUACGACAAGACGGCGAGGGAGUGCGUGCCGCGGCCCCCAGACACAGAGGUGUGCCACCCCUCCUCCCUGACCUCCCCCACGGCGCCGCCCUCCACGGUGCUCGCCACCAUUGUGCUGCAGUGCGAGCUGCGGGACCACCAGUGCCGCCGCUACGGCCCCUGCAGCCAGCCCAGGACGCUGUGUGACGGCUGCUACAUCGGCACCUACUUCUACAACAUGUGCCAGACCAGCACUCUGGUGUACGACCGCGCGGCGAGGGCGUGCGUGCCGAGGCCCGCAGACACAGAGUUGUGCGACGCCACCGCUGUCACCUCCCCAGCAACACCCUCCACCAUAACCCCUCCCAUCAUCACCACGCCCUCUACCGCCGCGCCCUCUACCGAGCUCUCCUUCGUCGUUCUUAACUGCCAGCUCAAAGAACAGGGCUGCCGCCGCUACGGUCCCUGCGGCCAGCCCAGAACGCUGUGUGACGGCUGCUACAUCGGUGACUUCUUCUACAACAUAUGCCAGGCAGGAGUGCAGCUGUACGACAAGACGGCGAGGGAGUGCGUGCCGCGGCCCCCAGACACAGAGGUGUGCCACCCCUCCUCCCUGACCUCCCCCCCGGCGCCGCCCUCCACGGUGCUCGCCACCAUCGUGCUGAACUGCGAGCUGCGAGACCACCAGUGCCACCGCUACGGCCCCUGCAGCCAGCCCAGGACGCUGUGUGACGGCUGCUACAUCGGCACGUACUUCUACAACAUGUGCCAGACCAACACUCUGGUGUUCGACCGCAGGGCGAGGGCAUGCGUGCCGAGGCCCGCAGCCACAGAAUUGUGUGAUGCCUCGCUUGUCACCUUCCCGACAACGCCUUCCACCCCCACCCCCACCACCGCCACGUCCUCUACCUCGCUUUCCAUCAUCAUUCUCAACUGCCAGCUGAGGGAGCAAGGCUGCCGCCGCUACGGCCCCUGCAGCCAGCCCAGGAAGCUGUGUGACGGCUGCUACAUCGGCAACUUCCUCUACAACAUGUGCCAGGCUGGAGUGCAGCUGUAUGACGAGGCGGCGAAGGCAUGCGUGCCGCGGCCCGCAGACACAGAGGUGUGCCACCCCUCCUCCCUGACCUCCCCCACGGCGCCGCCCUCCACGGUGCUCGCCACCAUUGUGCUGCAGUGCGAGCUGCGGGACCACCAGUGCCGCCGCUACGGCCCCUGCAGCCAGCCCAGGACGCUGUGUGACGGCUGCUACAUCGGCACCUACUUCUACAACAUGUGCCAGACCAGCACUCUGGUGUACGACCGCGCGGCGAGGGCGUGCGUGCCGAGGCCCGCAGACACUGAGAUUUGUGACGCCACCUUUGUGACCUCCCCACCAACCCCCUCUGCCUCCACGUCUUCUACUGCGCCUCCCACAACACCCUUCACCACCGCCACGCCCUCCACCCCGCCACCCACUACCAUUCUAACCUGCCAGUUCCGAGACAAGGACUGCCGCAGCUACGCCCCCUGCAACCAGCCCAGGAAGCUGUGUGACGGCUGCUACGUCGGCGAUUUCUUCCUGAACAUGUGCCAGGCGGAAACUGAGCUGUAUGACAAGACGGCGAGGGUGUGCGUGCCGCGGCCCCCAGAAAGUCAACUGUGUGGCGGCCCUGCCUCGCCUACUGCAGCUACUACUUCGCCUACCACACCCACCACGACAUCCACCACAACAACUACCACCACAACUACGACACCCUCCACCACGCCCUCAACUACGCUUUCUACCACCACCACGCCAACCACCACCACCACGCCUACCACCACACCCUCUACCACCACCACGCCCUCUACCACACCUUUCACCACUACAUCCACCACCACUACACCCUCUACCACGCCUCCUACAACACCGUCCACCACCACCACGCCCUCCACCCCGCCACCCACCACCAUUCUCAACUGUCAGUUCCGAGACAAGGACUGCCGCAACUACGCCCCCUGCAGCCAGCCCAGGAAGCUGUGUGACGGCUGCUACAUCGGCGAUUUCUUCCUGAACAUGUGCCAGGCGGAAACUGAGCUGUAUGACAAGACGGCGAGGGUGUGCGUGCCGCGGCCCCCAGAAAGUCAACUGUGUGGCGGCCCUGCCUCGCCUACUGCAGCUACUACUUCGCCUACCACACCCACCACGACCUCCACCACAACAACUACCACCACAACUACGACACCCUCCACCACGCCCUCAACUACGCUUUCUACCACCACCACGCCAACCACCACCACCACGCCUACCACCACACCCUCUACCACCACCACGCCCUCUACCACACCUUUCACCACUACAUCCACCACCACUACACCCUCUACCACGCCUCCUACAACACCGUCCACCACCACCACGCCCUCCACCCCGCCACCCACCACCAUUCUCAACUGUCAGUUCCGAGACAAGGACUGCCGCAACUACGCCCCCUGCAGCCAGCCCAGGAAACUGUGUGACGGCUGCUACAUCGGCGAUUUCUUCCUGAACAUGUGCCAGGCGGAAACUGAGCUGUAUGACAAGACGGCGAGGGUGUGCGUGCCGCGGCCCCCAGAAAGUCAACUGUGUGGCGGCCCUGCCUCGCCUACUGCAGCUACUACUUCGCCUACCACACCCACCACGACCUCCACCACAACAACUACCACCACAACUACGACACCCUCCACCACGCCCUCAACUACGCUUUCUACCACCACCACGCCAACCACCACCACCACGCCUACCACCACACCCUCUACCACCACCACGCCCUCUACCACACCUUUCACCACUACAUCCACCACCACUACACCCUCUACCACGCCUCCUACAACACCGUCCACCACCACCACGCCCUCCACCCCGCCACCCACCACCAUUCUCAACUGUCAGUUCCGAGACAAGGACUGCCGCAACUACGCCCCCUGCAGCCAGCCCAGGAAGCUGUGUGACGGCUGCUACAUCGGCGAUUUCUUCCUGAACAUGUGCCAGGCGGAAACUGAGCUGUAUGACAAGACGGCGAGGGUGUGCGUGCCGCGGCCCCCAGACUCUCAAAUCUGUACGCCCGUCACACCUACAAGCCCGCCCACCGCCGCUCCAGUCACCACGCCCUCUCCAACCCCAAGCUCGCCACCCACCUUUACCACACUCAGCCCCUCGACCGUCUCCGUGGUGCUCUCCCAAGGCUUCACCAUCUACUGCUCCGAGACCACCAGGAAACACGUGCUCCCGAAAGUCAAGGAGCUGAGUUGCAAACAGUACUUCUUCUGCGCCGCUGAUGGAACUUUUCAGGAUCGACAGUGGCUGUGUAAAUCCUAUUACAACUGCAACCAAGGCCAGAACAACGAGUGGGAGGUGGAGGUGGUGGCGUGCGGCGUGGGGCAGCUCUUCAGUGACAAGACCCAGACAUGCGCCGCGGCCCCGUCAGAUUCCGAGCUGUGUUCCUCCUCUGGCACCCCAGCGGGACCCGACACCCCGCUUCCUUCCACUAUCACCCCCGCCCCAGCCCCAGAAACACCCGCCCCUAGUGCGUUCCCCGCCCCCUCACCUGCGACUCCCGCCCCAAGCGCCUUCCCUGCCCCUGCCACGGCCACCCCUGCCACAAGUUCCUUUCCCACCCCUGCUCCAGUAACCCCUGGCCCCAGCGCCUUCCCCGCCCCCGCUCCGGGAGGCUCCACCACCCCUGAGCCGGGCUCCGUGGCCCUGUCGCAGGGGUUCAGCAUCCAGUGCUCGCACGACAAGAUGAACCACGUCCUGAAGCAGCUCAGGGAGCUUGCCUGUGUCCCCCACUUCUUCUGCGACCCUGACGGGACAUUCAAGGGCCAGCGGCUUCUGUGUGGCGCCUACUACCGCUGCCAGCGCGGCCAGGACGGAAGGUGGGAGCUGGAGCUGCAGCAGUGUCCCGCGGGCACGCUCUUCAGCGAGCAGGCUGACCGCUGCACCGACGCGCCGUCAGACUCGGAGUUGUGCUAACGCCCUGCCCGUCACGACGCCCGAGAAUGACUCAUCAAUUCUCCCCGCCUCUCCCUCUGCUGCGUCACCAUUGUACACGUAUUUAUCUGUUUAUUUAUUAAUCCAUUUAUGCAUUCAUUCUUAUUUAUUUAUUUAUGUACCUAUCUGUUCAUGCUUCUUAUUUUUCAAACACAUUUUUCUUCCUCUCUUCGUUCGCUGCUCGUCCGUCUAUGCACAAACACAAAAUAAAACUAAAAUAAAAUAAAUAGAAUAACUAAAUCAAUAGUAUCUUCGUAGGAACUUACAAUGAGCUGAGAAACUGUACAGUGCUUUAUCUUAGAAUUUUCAAGUGUAUUAUACGCAUUACUGUACUCUUGAGGGCCACGCGUCGCUUGAUCUCCAGGCAACCAGUGAUUAUUGUGAAGGUAACAGUGUAUAUUUACCUGCACGUAAUAUUUCUACCUGAUUGGUAGUUGUUUUUCCUUUAAGAAUAACAAGCUCUCCUUUUGCUAUCUUUUUUUUUGUAUCUUUUUUUUCUAUCCUUUUUUUUUUUUUUUUUUUUUUUAUACAUAUAUAGAUAUAGAUAUAUUUAUUGUGCCUCGUGCUGGGUGUGUAUAUAGUGGGGCCGCCGUGGUACAGUGGGACCGCGUGCGCUUUGGGGCCGAGGAGUCUUUAGGCGCACGGGUUCGAACUCUGGCCACGGUCAGAGGAUAGGAAGGCAUCCACUCGAGGUAACGGUUCCCAAAUGCCAAAUCAGAGUCCUUUGUUAGGAUACACAGUCCUGGAGAUGAUAGAGUAGGGAAACAGGACGUAAAAAAAUAAAUAAAUAAAAUAAAGUGUAUAAAUAUCAUGAAAGAUCUGCACACACACAACCCACUGCUGGUACGGAAGAUUUCCUUGAGUCACCAGAACAAAUAACAGCUCAUGUGCCAAGAACAGAAUGACCAUGCUUCCUGACCACUCACUCCUAACCCAGAGUGCUUGUGCAGUUCUCGUAAUGACUGUGUUAACCGUGUUGUUGUCGCCUCUAAUAUACUGAAAGAUUUAAUUAAGGUUUAUCUAUAUAUUUUUUUUUUCACUGAUUUACUUAAGGUUUAUUCGUAUAUAUAUAUAUUUUGCCGUAACUACUAAGACUGUUAUUGUUGAACGAUCUUGUUAUGCUAAAUGUUUGUUACCAUUAUGUUGUUCCCGGUGUUGCUGUUGAUUUUGUGGCUGUUUGGUUGUUAUUUAUUGUGUGUGUGUGUGUGUGUGUGUGUGUGUGUGUGUGUGUGUGUGUGUGUGUGUGUGUGUGUGUGUGUGUGUGUGUGUGUGUGUGUGUGCGCGCUAUAUGCUAACCUUAUCUACUGUGAUCACAAAUGUAUUAAGAAAAAAUGCUGAAUAAAAUCAUUAUAAAUUAAUAGGAA